AUGGCCCCAAGAGGGCGCGAGGGCAAGGAGAGUGCCUGGGUGAAAAAGACUCCUGCAGGAGCCGCCCCAGCCGAUAAAGUGAAAGAGCCCGAGAAUGGGGAGGACAGAGAAGGAGUCUCCAAGGGCAGGGAAGGUGGGAAAGGAAAGGGGCGGAAAGGCGAACGUCCCCGGCGCGAGGCCCGAGGGGAGGAGGACGGUGACGGAAAAAGCAAAGGGAGAGGUAAAGGGAAGCACAAGAAGGGCGCUGGGGCCGAGGCGGAGGGCCCGAACUCCGGCGACGAGGAGGAGAUGGACGAGCACGCCGCCGCCAUCAUGAAGAUGCUGAGGGCCGGGGGGCCGAAAAUCAUCCGCUAUGAGAAGGGGCAGCUGCUGUCGAUCUCCCGCUUGGCGGCCUCCAACGUGAAGCCGGACCUGGACCCUUUGAUUGACAAGGACAACAAGGACUCGGUCCUCCUCACGAGAAUCGCCACGGGCCGGGAAAAGCACGAGGAGGGCGAAGGCGCCCAGCAGGGCGAGGAGGAGGGCAGUAGGCGGAGGUCGAAGGCCACGGGCGCGGCGGGCGCGGCGGGCGCGGCGGGUGCGGCGGGCGCGGGCCGGGAUGACGACAGAGAGGCCGCCCCGGCAGCCGCGGAGCUCACGGAGGGUGAUGCAGCCGCUGCCGAGGAGGACGAGGAAGGGAAGCGCGCCUUCGAGAAGUGGCUCGGGCGCAACAUGCCGAAAUUGGAGGCAAUGAGCAAAGCCACACCUUCCUCAGGUAGUACCAAUUGGAGCUCGACUCUGCCUGCCGCUGCCCUGGGCGCAGGCAAAGCUGGCUCCAGCGCAAGUCCUAGCGCCGCCCAGGCCGCCCUCCUGCAACAGCAGGCCCUGGCCGGCUCCCUGGAGGGCCGAAAUGCGGCCCACGCCAUGCAGGCUGCAGCCUACAUGCAGGCCAUGACCCAGAUGCAAGCUGCAGCUGCUGCGGCCAGACAGAGUUCCUACAGCCAGAUGCCAUGGAAUUCGUAUAAUGCGUAUAUGAAUCCAUACAUGAACGCCUACGGCAGUGGGUAUGGCUCGCUUGAUCCCUACGCAGCCCUACAACAGCAGGCCGCCGCCGCGAACCUCUCGGAGGCGAUGCAGGCGAAGCUCGCU